UUCUAAGGAGGUUUCGGGUUGGGGGCCUCAGAGGCCACCGUGCAGCCCUCACUGCCUCUCUCUCAUUUUCCCAUCCUUUGCAUUUCGAGUGUGCGUUUAAGGUCCCUGGGAUGUGUCCAUCACUUCCUUUUACUGGAGUGCCGCCUCUAUUUUACCUGGCACUCCUCAUCCUGCACGGAACGCGAGCGCGCGCGCACGCGCACACAGCACGCGUAUACAAACACGCGCGCGCGAGCGCUGGUCCGGAAGGCUCUCGGACGCCACGAGAAAGAUGACGGAAGCGGAGCUCUAUCUCCAGUAUAAAGGGGUUUUCGUCCCCAAACUGGUUCACAGCCCGGAGUCUCUCCAGUUCUUCGAAGAGUUCACUUUCCGCCACGACGACAUAAUAGCGGUCACUUACCCCAAGUCUGGUACUACAUGGAUGCAGGAGAUUCUGCCGUUGAUCGUGAGCGAGGGGGACAUUACCCCUGUUCUGACCUUGACCAACUGGGACCGAAUGCCCUGGCUGGAGGAGCACCGUGCCAAAGAGCUGAACCUUGAGCAGAGGCCACCCCCCCGCUUGUUUGUCUCACACUGCCAUUACUCCAUGAUGCCUGAAUCGUUCUUCAAAGUAAAACCCAAGGUUAUUUACGUGAUGCGAAACCCAAAAGAUGUUUUCACCUCUUCCUAUCCCUACUAUGGUAUGGCAAUGUACAUGGUAAACCCUGGGACAAAAGAUGAAUUCCUGGAGACAUUUCUGGAUGGAAAAGUGAUAUUUGGCUCAUGGUUUGAUCACGUGAAGGGGUGGCUUGGUGCCAAGGAUCAAGAUUGUAUUAUGUAUAUUUCGUAUGAGGAAAUGAUACUUGAUCUGAAGGCCUCCAUCUCCAAAAUCUCCCUUUUCAUAGGGAAAACUCUGAGCCAGGAGGUCAUCGAGAAGAUUGCGGAUCACUGCAUGUUCAAGAACAUGAAACAAAAUAAGAUGUCCAACUACUCCCUUGUGCCAUCAGAGUAUAUGGACCAGAAGAAGUCUGAGUUUCUCAGGAAAGGAAUUGCUGGAGACUGGAAAAACAACCUAACAGAAGCCCAGGCUGCACGUUUUGAUUCUGUUUACAAAGAGAAAAUGAAAGAUGUGAAUUUUAAAUUCAUGUGGGACGAAAACAUGCAGCUCUGAUUCUUCGGUACAGGAUGUAUCUUCAUCAGAAAUAGAACAUGAAUUUUGUUCAAAAUAAAGUAUCGCUUUCGAGCCGUAGAUGAGAUCAAUAAGCCUAUUCCGUACAACGUCUAGUGAGGUUU